AUUGGUAUUUAGAGACUAGAAAAUGGGCAACCAGCUAACUGGAAUUGCACCAGCACAAAUACUUAGUGUUGAUCAUUACUUUUCUGAUCUCCCUGAGUAUGAAUAUGAUAUAAGUUUGGGAAGCACCCGCUUUUUCAAAGUUGCGAGGGCAAAGUGUAAAGAGGGGCUUACUGUCGUAAAAAUAUUUGCAAUACACGACCCUUCUCUACCGCUGAAGACCUACAGAGACAAUGCUGAAGAAAUAAAGCAGCGACUUCAAGGUGCAACGAACUGCCUACCAUUCCAGAGAGCUGUGAUCACAGACAAGGCAGGUCUUCUGAUUCGCUCGUAUGUUAAGGCGAACCUUUAUGAUAGGAUAAGCACAAGGCCUUUCGUCAAUGCCGUGGAGAAGAAGUAUUUAGCAUUCCAGAUACUGUGUGCCAUUAACCAGUGUCACAAGCAAAAUGUUUGCCAUGGUGACAUCAAAUCAGAGAAUGUGAUGGUCACUAGUUGGAACUGGGUAUUGCUGACUGACUUUGCCAGCUUUAAGCCAACCUAUUUACCUGAGGACAAUCCGGCGGAUUUUUCCUACUUCUUCGACACGUCUCGGCGCCGCACCUGCUACAUCGCUCCGGAGAGGUUCGUGCGCGGCACGUGGUCGACAUCCGAGGGCGAGGCGGCCGGCAACAGUGGCGCCCCCAACAUCGUCGUGCUGCCCGACACGGACACGAUGAAGUGUGGAGACCUGACGCCGGCCAUGGACGUGUUCUCGGCGGGGUGUGUGCUGGCAGAGCUGUUCACAGAGGGCCACCCACCAUUCGACUUAUCUCAGCUCCUAUCAUACAUCAGUGGAGAAUACACGCCCACUAAGGUGAUGGAGAGGAUAGACGAUGAGUGUGUGAGGGAGCUCAUUGCUCACAUGCUGCAGAAGGAUCCAUCGCUGCGUCUCAGUGCUGAGGAAUACCUCACAGAGCAGCGUGGCAAGGCCUUCCCCGAAUACUUCUACACCUUCCUCAAGGUCUACCUGCAGGGAUUCUCCUGCGCACCUGUGCUGACAAGCGACGACAAGAUCUCUAGGUUAAAGAAAGACAUAAACAAGAUCCUAAAAACCCUCUGUGACAGCGACACAGAGAGUGACAGGACACCUGUACAAGAUUACAUAGAGUUUCGCAUUGAAAGCCACUAUAAUUACCGUUACCACUGUCUGUGGACACAGGUGGGAGAGGCAAUGGUAAUGCUACACAGUGCUAUAACUGCUAAUCUGUGUUUACAGAGAGAGCAAUGUGCUAUAACUGCUCGUCUGUGUUUGCAAGGAGGCCUGGUGAUCAUCGUUGCCAUUGAUAAACUCAUGCUGCGCAGCCUGCGUCUCUCCAUCACCAGCGACACGUUCGCGCGCGUGCGGGCAGAGUCUGUGCGCACGCUGGCCCGCUGCCUCGCCAUGGUAACGUCGGUGCCGCGUAACGACGCCAACAUCUUCCCGGAGUACAUUCUGCCCAGCCUCUCGGCGAUUGCUCAGGAUGACGUCGUCUCUGUGCGCAUCGCCUACGCCGAGAACAUCGCGCUACUCGCCGAGACUGCGCUCAGGUUCCUAGAGAUCAGUCAGCUGGGCACGGCAGAGGCCGAGCAGCAGGCGAGCUACGACCUUGAACUGCAGGCGCUGCACGAGGUCAUCCAGCAGCGGGUCGUGACCCUGCUCAGCGACGCCGACAACAUCGUCAAGCAGACGCUGCUCGAGGGCGGCAUCGUGCGGCUGUGCGUGUUCUUCGGGCGCCAGAAGGCGAACGACGUUCUGCUGUCGCACAUGAUCACGUUCCUCAACGACAAGCGUGACUGGCAGCUGCGCGGCGUGUUCUUCGACGCGGUCGUCGGCGUCGCCGCGUACGUCGGCUGGCAGGGAUGCGCGAUGCUCAAGCCGCUGCUGCAGCAGGGCCUCAGCGACACGCAGGAGUUUGUCAUCGCCAAGGCACUGAAGGCUAUGAAGUGUUUGGUAGAGCUAGGACUGCUACAGAAGCUGCUGGUACAGGAGCUGCUAGUGGAUGUGGCUCCGUUCCUGUGUCACCCCGGCGUGUGGGUGAGGCAAGGUGCGGUAGGGUUCGUUACGUCGGUCGCGCGCACGCUCAACGUAGCGGACGUACACUGCAAGCUGUUGCCGCUGCUACAGCCCUUCCUCAGCCGACCUGUGAUACAAGUACAGAGUGAGGUGGUGCUGCUGAGUGUGCUGCAGCCACCCGUGCAGCGUGCUGUGUUUGACUACAUGCUCAGCCUGUCCACUAUCGGUGCAAUGCUUGACCAUCUACAGGACCGGCAGCUUGUACGUAACCUAAUGAGGCAGGGACACCGACCCAGCUAUGCUGAACUAGACAAUGGUAGCCUAUCACAGACGUACAACAAGCUCGUGUCGCUGGGCAUGACGGAGGGGGACGAGGAUAAGAUACUGUCGCUGCGAGAUACGAUGAUGAAGCUGCAUCGUGCGCGGGGAUGUGUGCCAGACAGCCGUCACCACCCCCAGUCCCCCGACUCACGGCCCGGUGCUCUCAACCUAGCCACCAUCCUAGACAAGAGCGGCAAAAUGGCGCUGCCUUUGAGGCAGGAACUACUGGCGCCCUCUGUGGACGGGCAGUUGCAAAGCAAACCUCCCAGCAUAUGGCCAGUUUGUGAAAUCAGGUGGCUUUAUGCGAUCCAUGCAGUACGAAGGUUGCUCGCUAUAGCGCACCUCUCCGCGUGGGGCGUUGAGAAGGCUAAAAUUGAUGAAAGGUUCAACGCUCGAGUGAAUGCUCGCAUGAGGUGGGGCGGGAGCACGCAGGCUGAAUGUAGUCGAGUCGCCUGUCAUCUCCAUGAACGAGGAGUGGCAGCACAUGUUCGGAUCGACGGACACCAAGACGCACCUACUGGUAAGACGGAGAAUCGUCCAGCCGCUGGCUCAACGCCACCUACAGUACCAAGCUCCGAGGGUGAAAGAGAGCAGAAGGUUGUGCAGUCAGAGACAGUGGCUCCCUCUACUGAUGCACAGCAGCCGUCUUCAGACGCCCUCGCACAAGCCCCUGAUGUUCCACCGCCGCAGCGUAAGACAGAGAGGAGCAAUCUACAAGCACGGGCUGCUCCGUGUAAACUGGAGUUUAAGCGUCUGCUAGCCAGGAAGCGCGAGCAGUGGGCAGCCGACACGAUCACACACGAGCUUGUUAGCGGCGCUCUGUGGGACGGAAAGUUCCCCUCCCCCAGGUGGCGCCCUAGAGGACUGCUGGUCGCACACCUGCACGAGCAUAGAGGGGCUGUGAACAGAAUUCAGGUGAGUCCUGAGAUGGGUUUCUUCGCUACGUGUUCCAACGAUGGCACCGUGAAGCUGUGGGAAGCUCUGCGCAUGGAGGGCAAGAGUCUCGCGAAUCGCUCGCGACUCACCUACAGCCGGCAGGGAGGACAGAUCAAGUCGGUCGUGUUCUGUGACUCUGCACAGUCUGUCGCGUCGGCGUCUGAUAACGGCACGAUUCACGUGAAUCGCAUCGAGCAGGGCACUCCUACAAUCCGCACCAACGUCUGGAUGUCUCGCGAACAGGAUCUCAAGAUAGAGGGCGCUGUUGUCGACAUGGACUUCUUUGAUACGGGACCACAGUGGGUGAUAGCGUAUGCUACGGUGCACGGCGGCAUCGUUGGCUGGGACCUGAGAGCACCCAGUGAUGCCUGGAGACUGAAAAGUGAUGUCAAACAUGGUCUUAUAACUACAUUCUGUGUGGAUCCACGUCAAAGCUGGAUGGCUGUCGGCACAGCUAGUGGCUCCAUCGUGUGCUGGGAUCUGCGAUUUCAUCUUCCUAUUGCAACCGUGCGACACCCAGCAGUGGUGCGCGUGAGAAAAGUGCUGCCUCACCCGGCACAGCAUUCCUGGGUGCUGUCAUCUGUGCAGGGCAACAACGAGGUCUCCAUGUGGAACGUCGAGACUUCGGCCCGCCAGAUGGCACUGUGGGCCAGCACGGCUCCCGCGCUGUCGACAAAACAGGCGUCGCGGCAUUCCGUGCAUUCGAUGUACAUCGGUCCGAGUGGGACUCGCUCGUACAUGCUCACCGCCGGAUCGGACAUGCGCAUCCGCUACUGGGACCUCGCGUAUGCUGCCAAGUCCUUCAUCGUGUGUGGGGCUGCUAACGACCCGGUCAACCAGACCUCCGUCAGCUACAGAUCUCAGCUGAUAGAUGGCACUGAGGUCGUGCAGGAGAUGUACAACAAGGUGCGUCGAGCUGCUCCAGCGAUGGAGGACAUGCCCCGCAGCGGUCCCGAGGCGCCCCCUGUAGGCCACCAUGACAUCAUCAGCGACAUCAACGUCUGUCAGGCGUCACAGCCUCUCAUUAUCUCAGCUUCGCGCGACGGAGUCAUUAAGCUGUGGAAGUAAGCGUGGCACGCGUGACGUAACUCCCAAGGUAGGCUAGGGAAACGCGUUAGCCUCACGUUGGCAAGCCGUGCCAGCAGCUGUUGAUUGUAGAGGGCGCUGCUAGCAUGUGCUGAUUGUAGACAU